CUGUGCCGAACAGCAGGAAGAGGAGGAGGAGGAGAGUGUGAGAAAAAAACCCCGACCCCUCGAGCGCAGGUUCAUUUCCCUCUGAUCUGUCGGUGCGUGCGGACGUGCGUCCCGUAGUGUCUCUCGUGCCCGCACACACACACAGCACCGCCGCUGCUGCUGUUGUUUUGUUGUUCCCUGUGUUUUUUUUUUUCGUGUGUGAUGUGCUGCAAGCCGAAGGCAGAAGGCUUCCACCACCCAAAAGGCAAGAUAAUGCACCAAGCGCAGCCGGCACCGUUUCGCUGACGAUGAUUUACAAACAGAAGUGAAGGACGAUAAGUGUGUGUGUGUGUGACAUCUUUUCCGUCCGGGAAGUAGUGAAGAGCAGUGAGACGCUUGCAGGGCGAUUAAGUUAUUCCAGACACCGUGGUGUCUGCCGAGUGAUCGCUUUUUUUUUUGGGUAGGAGUCCACCACCAAGUCGCCGUUCUUACCGUUUUUAGUUCAACAACGACGGCGACGUCGGGGACACGACACCCUGAAUGAUAUCCUCGUCCCGGUUUCCGAGGAGUGAACUGUGAACAAACGGAAAGUAAAAACACAACGGUGGCGCGUAGGAGGAGGGUUUGCGCAAGCGCGAACCGUGGCAGUGUGUGAUAUAGCAGCCGUACACAUACAGCAGGAUAGCCAAACAAGUGGCCAUCCGCAGUAGGAGGAGGGGGGGUCAGAGUUGUUUGCCUGUAUAAAACGGGAGGCGGCCGGAGAAAUUGCGUCCAGUGAAUGCCGGGCCACCGGAUGGGAAGCGAGAAAAAAAACAAGAAAGGAGAGUCAGUUGUACCUGUGCUGUGCCGCACUCAGUGUGCAGCUAAUUGCUUAGCAUCCCUGGCCACACCUGCCCCAGUUGGGCCCGGUGGGACGUGAGAAAAGCAAGUCCGUGUAAAUGUUUUAGGCCGUAAGCGUUGGAAGCGAGUGGUGCGCGGGUGAAGAAUAUUUUUGAUUUAAAUUACCGGUGCCCUAGGCUGUGUAAAUAGAACUAAAACACCACCGCGGUGUGCAUUGUUGUGUGCUUUGUGUGUGUGUUUAUGUGUGUGUGUGUGUGUGUGAAAGUCUACAAUCAAAGCAAGCCGUCAAGAACCGUCUAUCAACCUGCAAACGAAUGCUGAGUUUUCGGUGAAAGAAACAUUGAACACACAAUCAACAACAGCAACUCUCCUCCCAGAUCAAGCGUUAGCCGGUGGGUGUGUGUUUUGUGUGUGUGUGUGUGCAUGGUUUGUCAAGCGAUGGUGGUCGCCGCCGGUCACCAACGCGCCCCGCUGGCGCUGGAGCGGUCGUCCGGCAGGGAAGAGUAACGCGCGGACGCCACGCGGCGGUAAGGAACAAAUGUCGGCCAGUGGUGGCGACGGUAUAGACUGCGAUCAACACGAUCAACCGGUGGCGAGGCAGCUCCGCGCUGCCCUGCCCGUCGUGGCCGCCGCUAGCCCGCGAGCACGUGCUGAACACAAACACACACACAUUUAAACUGAAACCGUCCGGUGCGGAGGAGAAACGAGCUCCGUUCUUAACGCCCGCUUGGGGCAGAGCUAGGCUAAGGAGGGGCAAGCAAGAGCAGAGAGAAACGAUUGCUCCCGCACUCCUGUGCAAACGCAGGAACCACACAAAGCUGUAAAGAUGGCCGACGACGACGGCACCAGCAGCAGCAGCAGCAGUAAAGGUGGUACAGAGCAGGAUGGAGCCGCAAGUGGUGGCGGUACGGCGGAGGGUGCUACCGGCAGCGCGGACGGUUCGUCGCCGUCCGCCGGCCGCAAGCCGCUGUCGGUGGCGCGGCUCAAGGAGAAGGGUAAGAAGCUGGCGUCGGCCCACAUCCACCGGGAGCUGGCGGUGAACGGGACGUCCGACAGCCUGAACCGGCUGCUGGACGAGCUGCUGUCGCCCGAGAGCCAGAUCUCGCUCAGCGAAAACAUCGAAUGGUGCCGGUGGUUGGUCGCCGGCGGCCGCACGCCCGCCGAGUUCGCCUCGAUCGUGCGAGCGUACGACAACCACGCCAAGUGUGGGCUGGUGUGGAUACCGCACGUGGUCGCGUACCGGUGCCGGACGUGCGGCAUCUCCCCGUGCAUGUCGAUCUGUCGCGACUGCUUCAAGCGGGGCAACCACCAGAACCACGACUUCAACAUGUUCCUGUCGCAGGCGGGCGGGGCCUGCGACUGCGGCGACACGUCCGUGAUGAAGGCGGAGGGCUUCUGCAGCGACCACGGGCUGAACAACUGCCAGAACAAGGCGCCCGUCCCGGACGACCUGAUGCUGGUGGCGGAAGCGAUGAUGCCGCGGCUGAUCCUGCGCAUGCUGCUGCACUUCCGCGAGUACAGCGCGAGCAACCUCGACUCGGACGACUGCCACCGGACGGCCGAGUACUGCAACGACUACUGCGCGAUGCUGAUGGAGUUCAACAACAUGGGCGAGCUGAUGCGGCGCGUCAUGACGCGCACGCUGAUCGACCGGGGCGUGUACCGGCGGCUGCUCGACCCGCCGUACCCGUCGCCCCGGUACGGCAAGUACAUCCGGGACGGGUGGCUGCAGUACGAGGAGGCGCUGCGCCAGUUCCCGUCACCGGAGCCGCCGCCCGACUACGCCCAUCUGGCGGCGCUCGGACGGACGAUCGUGCACGAGACGCUGCUGGAGGAGUUCAUCUUCUGGACGUUCAAGUACGAGUUCCAGCAGCAGAUCGUCUGCUUCCUGCUGAACAUGCUGCCCGACCAGGACUACAAGGAGCAUCUGACGCGCACGUUCGUGAUGCACUACUGCCGCAUCCCGAGCGUGCUGGAGCUGUCCAGCGACCCGGACACGCUCAGCAACCGGGUGGUGCACAUGAGCGUGCAGCUGUUCUCGAACGAGAGCCUCGCGCUCAAGAUGGUCGAGGAGCUGUCGCUGCUGCACGUGAUGAUCAUCAGCCUGCGGCAGAUGAUGUCGAAGAUACUGACGCCCCACACGCUGCACACGCCCGAGCACAACUUCCACUACGUGGUCGACUGUGCGGAGCGGGUGAUGAAGGAGCACUGUUACUGGCCGCUGGUGUCCGAUUUCAACAACGUGCUGUCGCACGAGUCGGUCGCGCUCGUCUUCCUCAAGGACGACGAUCUGAUCGACAUGUGGUUCCAGUUCCUAUCGAUGUUGCAAGGAAUGAAUGUAAACAUUCGCGAAAUCAUCAGCCAUGUCGAGUUCGAGUCGAGUUCCUACUAUGCCGCCUUCAGCUGCGAGCUCGAGGCGAGCGCCUACCCGAUGUGGUCGAUCAUCUCGCACCUGCAGGAUCCGUCCCACGCGCCGCUGGCGAAGAAGAUCAUGAUGUACUGCGUGAACUAUCUGCAGGACUGGCUCGAUGCGAUCAACUUCUACCAGCAGCCCCGGUUCGAGAAGGAUGAAAUGUCCCGUGCGUCGUUCCACUUUCCGCUCCACCGCUAUCUGGCCGCGUUCAUCUGCCAGGGCGUCAAGACGAUGGGCAUGUCGCUGAACGAUAUCUUGCCGUCCGCGGAUCUGCUGCCGAAGCUGAUGAUGCAUCCACUGCGCGUGCAGAGCCUAUUCUACGAGAUCCUGUCCGGCGUGUGGGUGCGGAACGGGCUGCAGAUCAAGGGCCAGGCGAUGACGUACAUCCAGGCGAACUUCUGCAACUCGAUGGUCGACAUGGACCUGUUCUUCCUGCAGAUCUGCGCGACCCAGCUGCCGCCGAACCUGUUCGUCAGCGAGUGCAUCCUGAUGUUCGGCGUGGAGGACUGGCUCGGCAUGAGCGUGCUGAGCACGCCGCCCGAGAUGGAGCAGGACUCGAUGCUCGAGGGGCUGCUCACCUUUCUCGCGACGCUCAUCACGUCCCGCAUCAACCUCGGCAACGACGAGACGACGCAGUGCAUGAUCGAGAUCAGCGCGCUGCUCGCGACCGGCGAGAAGACGCACAGCCAGCUGCUCGAGCUGAUGCCGGAGCGGAGCGGCAACGCGCACACGCGCAACUUCGAGCGCUACCUGAAGGAGCUGUCGAUCUACCGGCCGCCGCCGGUCGGCUCGGAAAACCUCGAGCAGGGGUUGUUCAUGCCGGUGCCGGCCGUCUGGGAGCGGCACUACGAUCCGCUGCACGUGCUGCUGCGGGCGGUGCACCGGCGCGACUUCCAGAACUCGCUCGACCGGUUCGGCGCGUACGUGAAGCAGGCGGGCAAGAUGCCCCGGAGCGGCAACCUGUGGCCCCCGUUCCGGCUGCCGGGCUCGUGCGGCCCGGCGUACAGCGAUCCGGGCGCGCUGCUCGGCUCGCGCAUCCUGCACGCCACGCUGCUGGCCAUCUUCUACCGGGCGGUGCACAAGCACAACGUGUCGGAGCAUCUGCUCGCGCUCGCCGUCUUUCUGCUCGAGAUGGCGGUGUGCAAUGCGGGCGGAGCGAACGGCGGGCAGCCGGCCAGCAGCCGGUCGACGGCGGAACCGGCCGCCACGAGCAAAACGAUCGAGGAGCAGACGGGCCGCCCGUCGGUGAUUGGGUGCGGCGGGGAGCCGGUGCCCGAUCUGCUCAACUGCUACCCGAGCAACUGUCUGAGCGACAAUCUGAAGAUGACGGUGAAGCGCAUCUCGCUGCUGCCGGCGAUGCGCCGCUCGCCCGUGUCGUACCGGCCGCUGGACGGGGGCAGCCCCCCGUUCGACAGUGACGUCGAGUGGGACCUGUCCGAGGACGAGACGCUCAUGAUGAUUGGCGGCAACGCGGAGAGCGACCCGGCGGCCGGUGCCGGAGCGGCCACGGCCCCUGCCAGCCAGGGUGGCGCGGUGGAGCGGGCAGGAGGCAGAGGGCCGUCCGGGGCGGCCGGGGUCGAGCAGCGGCUGGUGCCGGCGCGUGCCAUCAACAGCGUGGAGGUGGUGCCGCUGACGCAGGACCUGACGCCGAUGGCGAACGCGGGCCUCGUGUUUAGCGCGCGCCGACCGGCCGCCAUCCAUGCACCGCCGGCCGCAUCGACCACCAGCACCAGCCAGAUGGUGGUGGAGGAGGAGGAAGACGACGAGGAGCACGUGCAGGAGCAGGAGGAGGAGAAUGGGACGGAGGGUAGUGGGCAGCCGAUCGCGAACGAUAUGGAGGCGAGACGGCGCCGCUGGCAUUUGUUCCAGCGGCUGCUUGGGCAGCAGCCGGGCGCAACACCGACGGCGACAGCAACCACGACGACGACGACGACGGUGGAACCACAGGACGAAGACAUGCCCGCCUACCACGUGAUGGAUUCGGACGGGGACGUUGUGGUGGAGGAGGAGGACGAGGAGGAUGACGAGCAGCAGCAGCAGCAGCAGCAGCAGCCGAGCGAACUGCUGGCGAUGCGCGCCCGCUACCUGAUGCUCGAGCGGAGGCGCAGCAGCAGCAUCGGCAACGCGAACGUCGUCCAGCCCGCCGACGUGGACGAGUACAUCGACGUCGAGGCGGAGGACGACGGUGGCGAGGACGAGGCAGCCGAGCAGGAGGGCGAAGGUGGAGACCGGCGGCGUCGCCGCCCGUCCGAGAACGGGGCACGCCGCCGCCGGAUGGACGAGGACGACGAGGACGGCGGGGACGAGGCGACCGACAUUGCCGACAUCCAGUCGAUCGGGCCGCGGGCCACGCUGGUCGGCAGCCGGACCCGCUCGGUGCAGCUGGGCCGGCGGCGGACGGCGGCGAGUGGUGCUGGUGGUGCGGGACUGCUGCAUCACCACCAUCACCACCAUCACCACCAUCAUCAUCAUCCGGCGGCGGGCGUCGGGCCCGGGGCGCUCAUACGCGCCACCGCCAGUGGCGGCGGCGACAGCGCCGGCGGUCCGGCCCGGGCGACCGAGUUUAUCGUGGAGGAGGCGGCGGACGAUGUGCCGGCGGGCGGGCCGACCGGCGUGGAACUGAUGAUCCGGCACGAGUUUGUGCCGGUGCCGGGUGGCGAAGUCGGCGGGCAGGAGAUAGCGAUACCGCAGCAGCAGCCGCAGCAGCGUGCCCUGACGCCGCCCGUGUUCGGUGCGACUGGCGCUGGUGCGGUGGAAGCGACCGGUGGUAUGCUGCUGCCGUUUAACCGGGCAGCGGCGGCGGUGGCGGCAGCGGCGGCGGCAUCGUCGUCUUCGUCGCCGGCCGCCCCGGCAGCGGCGGCGGUUGGCACGAGCGGCAGCCUGAGCGUGGUGCCGCAGCAGCCGAACCAGCUGCAGAGCUACUACCACGCGAACCAUCACCACCAUCACCACCAUCACCAUCGGCACCAUCACCAUCACCAUCAUCACAGCGGCGCAGCGGGCACAGGAGGUGGAGGCGGAGUAGGAGGAGGAGGAGGAGCAGGCGGUGCACAGCACGGGGCGCAGUCGCUGGCGCAGCAAACGCCCCGCCACUACCAUCGCAGUUUGCAGCCGGCGGGUGGUGGUAGCGCCGGCGCUGCCGGUGCUGGUGGGACCCGUGGGACGGGCGGUGCGGGAGGUGGGCAGGCGAACUGGACGCGGUUCAAGCGGCGCAACAUGAUGGCGAACCACCACGGCCGGCAGCAGCAGCAGAACCAGCACGGCAGUGCGGGUGGCGUCGGCGAGAUGACGACGCGCGAGGGCGCGGGUGGGCCGACCGGCCGGGAAGGCAACAGCGAGAGCGACACGAUCGUGCUGGAGGAGUCGAUCAUCUCGCUGCUGCUGAAGCUGCACUCGCAGCUGAGCGGCGCGCUGGACAGCUUCUCGCUCGACGACGAAACGGAGGACGAGCUGACGGCGGCGGCAGCAGCAAGUAGUGGCGGUAGUACUGCAUCGACCAGCGGCAGCAGCCAGCCCCCUGCCGGAACGGGCGUGCCGGCGUCGUCCAGCACCGGUCCGCGGCAGCAGCCCGACGGCGACCACGCAAAGAUGGAGCUGGACGAGGAGGAGACGCCCGCCGGCAGCAGCGGCGGCGGCGGUGGCGGUGAGGAAACUACUAGUCAACAGCAGGGGGCACCGCCGCACCGGGGCCGGGGCCGCAUCUCCGACUCGCGCAUCGGCGACGGGCCGUUCUUCAUCGGCAAUCUGCUGCGCAAGAUUGCCGCGCUGGACGCCACGUGCGCGGUGCGCAUCGAGCAGAUCCGGGCGGAGCUGUGGCCGAACCAAAGAGAGCGGCAGGCGGAGCAGAAGGCGCGCGAGGCGCGCGAAAAGGAGGAGCGCACCAAGCGGGCCAAGGAGCGGCAGAAGAAGAUGAUGGAGGAGUUCGCGAACCGGCAGAAGCGGUUCAUGCUGCUCGCGAUGGCCUCGAUGGGCGGGGGCGGCGAUUCGUCCGGCAUGGAUUUCGGCUUCGGCGAGGAGGAGUCAACGGGGGCGGGGGCGGCGGCUGCGGCAGGCACUGACGGUGAGUCGGCGGCGGCCGCGGCAGCGGCAGCACGGGCCGCGGCGGAGCGACAGGCGGCGGAGGAGCAGCAGGCGGAAGCGCUGCGCGAGAAGGAGUACGACUGCAUCAUCUGCAACACGUCCGGCCCGAGCACGGAGACGAACCCGAUCGGGCUGGUCGUGCUGGUCGAGUCGAGCAGCGUGGUCGGGCAUCGGCGCACGCGCGCCGAGCGGCUCGCGCUGCCCCUGUCCCGCGACGACCAGGCCCGGCUCGCGGACAGUGUGACGCUCGCGAGCGAGUUCAACAAGCGCAUCGAGCUGCUGCAGUGGAAGUUCGGCCAGACGUCCUGGUUUCUGUCGCACAACAUCGGCUGGGACGGGGGCGUGCACAUCCAGUCCUGCGGGCACCACGUGCACCUGUCCUGCCAGGACGCGUACCUCAAGUCGCUGCACACGCCCCGCAGCCCGAACAAUCUGAACGUCGAGCUGGGCGAGUUCUUCUGUCCCGUGUGCCGGCAGCUCGCCAACUCGGUGCUGCCGCUCAGCCCGGCGCUGGACCGGCCGGCGCCGCUGAUACGGGCGCCGACGCCGCCCCACCACACGCUUGUGCUCGAGCUGAUCCAGCUGUUCCAGGAGAGCAAGCGGGCCCCGAUGGCGAGCAAGUUCUGCGAGGCGAUGGGGCGCGCCAUGGGCAACAUUACCGCCUGCACGCAGCGCAUCAUCAAGAGCUACCCGGUGACGCUGCAGAGCCUGUUCUCGUUCGUGCUGUCGAUCGCGCGCACCAACCUGGAGGCGGAGGUGAUCCAGCGGGGCGGCUCGCUCUGCAGCACCGAGGACAUCCGGUACAAGCCGAAGCGGGACUGCAUUGUGCCGCUGCUGCACGUGCUGUCGCUGCACGUCCGGCUGAUGAUCAACGACGACUGGCCGAUCCGGUUCAAGGUCGGCGACGACUGGCCGUGGCACUCCUGGUCCCGGCUCGCCGGCAUCCAGCUCGCGUACGACGGCGUGGAGGUGGGCGUGGAAGCGCACGAAGCGACCUUCGACCGGCUGGCGGUGGUUCCGGCGCGCACUGGCACUGCUGCUGCUGCUAGCAACACCGCUACGAAAGCUGCACGCCACGACGAGCGUGUGGCUGAUGAGCGGGACGAUGAGGAGGACGAUGAUGAUGACGAUGAUGACGACGACGAGGAGGAGGAGGAGGAGGAGGAUGAUGAUGAUGACGAGGAGGAUGACUGGAACAACGCGGAAGACCAGUACACGGAGUUUCUGCGCGACAUGCUGCUGCGAGCGCCGUCCGGCUCAACGGCCGACGGUGCUGCUGCUGCUGCUGCAGCCGCCGGUUCGCCUUCAGCCGCCGUGUCAUCGCCGGCGGCAGCGUCGGCCGCUGCCGACACGACGAAAGCGGCCGCUGCCACGAGCACGAUCGUCGACACGGAAACCAUACCCGAUCUGAUCAGCGAUCCGACCGCGCUGCUGCUCAAGUUUAUCCUGCUCGCGCCGCUCCAUCUCGAUCAAGCUUACUUUACCUGCAUCGUGAAGGUGACGUACAACCUGCUGUACUACCAGAUCGUCCUGCAGCUCUGCACCCAUCUGACGGAGGAGGAGUGCGACGAGAUACUGGGGCGGUACGGGCCGACCGCCCAGCCGCCGCCGGCGGUGGUGCGCGAGCGGGGCGUCCCGCACAUCGGCGUCGCGAUGGCGUUCGUGCUCAGCCAGCUAGAUCGCUGCCGGCACAUCCGCAGCGACAGCGUGCUGAUGGGCGAGUUCGGUGGCGAGGGCGACGGUGGGUACGAGUCGACCAGUGGCGGCGGCGGCGGCACCACGAAGCGCCUCAAUCUGGACGUGUACGAGAAGCGGCUGCAGCGGCUCUGUCUGCCGUUUUUGCGCGUGGCCGCCCUGCUCCGGCACCACAUCUACCGGGCGGAGAUACCGGACAUUGCCGGGCCGCAGCUCGAGUUUGCCCGGCUCGUCUACUUCCUCGAGCUGGUGACCGUCUCGAUGGACUGGGACAAGUUUAACGCGAGCCGGGCGCUCUGCUUCCUGUCCGGCACCGAGCUGGCCCUGCCGAAGAACUGGUGCGACCAGCUGCGCAACCUGCGCCCGACCUACGAGUCGACCCGGUCGCUGAUCGUCCAGCAGCACAUCGACUGGCGCCAGCCGAAGCUGCUCGGGCUGCCCCGCGAAUACGAGCGGCUGUUUACGUACUACCACGAGCAACCGUGCCAGAAGUGUCAGAACGUGCCGAAGGAAAGCUCCAUCUGUCUGCUGUGCGGCACGAUCGUGUGCAUCAAGCAGUCGUGCUGCAAGGUGCGGGACUACUGCGAGGCAGUGCGGCACUCCAUUAGCUGCGGCGGCGGGACGGGCAUCUUUCUCGUGAUCACCUCGACCUACAUCAUCGUCAUUCGGGGCCACCGGGCGUGCCUGUGGGGUUCGCUCUACCUGGACGACUACGACGAGGAGGAUCGUGAUUUAAAGCGCGGCAAACCGCUGUAUCUUAGCGAGGAUCGGUUCAAUCUGCUCGAAUCGCAGUGGCUGUCGCACCGGUUCGCCCACACCAAGCACAACUGGGUGUGGCAUCGGGAUUCGCUGUAAAAAAAACAGAGCCCGGUUUACUGUGCUGCUAUCCCCACACAGCGCAGACGUAAGCAGACAUCGGCUUACAAACAAUCCGGACAGCCCGGGAAGGCGAACCGGGGACAGGACACAGGACAAGUUGCGAUCGCAAAGGAGUCACCCAGUGUGCGUGUGUGUGUGUGUGUGUGUUUGAGUGUAUGCGUGUCUGUGUGUAUGUGUAUGUACGUUUUGUGAUAUUUUUCUACAACUACACCAAGGGUUUUGUUGAGCAUUUGCCGUGGCACGGCAAACAAAAACGAAAAAGCACAGGCCCGAGGAGCGACGCGGACGCUGUGUGUGAGUGGUCGCGCCGCUGAUCAUCGAUGUGUGUUGUCCCAGUGUGUCCCCCCGUCGCUGUUUGAACCUUCCACUCCCCAUCCAGGGCGCAGGCUCUCGGUCUGCACAUACUCGCUCACCACGCACUUCCCUUCCUUUGCGUCCAAACAUCCGCCUCCGGCUCAAGGGACACAUACACACACAAGUACUCAGCACGUGCAGUGCAAAGAGAGAGAGAGAGAGAGAGAGAGAUAGAUAAAGAGGGAUAGAGAGAAAGAGCGAUAGAGAUUUAAGGUGACGAUGAAUUUCGAAGAAAAGGCAAAACUCCCCGUUUUGUGACCGUUAAAAUGUAAACAUCAAAAUUGGUAGCUUUGUGUGACGAAAUUGUGAUAUAUACACUCCUUUUCGUGUGUAUGUGUGUGUCUAUGUGUGUGUGUACCGCACUGUCUUGUUGCGAUUUAUUUUUGUCUCCGCCUCCCAAUCCCAACCCCAAUCUAACCCUACCAAAAAAAAAGGCUUUAUUAAGUCGGUGCUCAUGCCGCGACCCAGCUAUCCUUUUCUCUCUCACACACACAUCCACACACUCACACACACACACACACGGAGAAACAAUAUAUGUUUGUUAUUUGAUUUUUGGUUGUCGCAGCGAGGCGCUGCUUUUCAAAGGUUUGAAAAAAUGAAAGCAAAACAAAAAUGGAACUGGAAAUCGCCCCGUUUCGCAUGAUUAGUUUCGCGCGUUCGACCAGGCAACCGAGGCUCUGCAUACACACAUUCAUAUUUAUGUAGGAGCAUAUAUAAAUGCAUAUAUAUAUACGUAUAUAUAUACACACACGCGCAUAUAUAUAAAACCACUCUAUAUGUACCAUUUAGAUAGUGUUGUGUACUAUUAAUAGGCGAAAAGAAAAAGGCGUGUGCAUUGUGGUUAGGAGUUAGAGAGUGGUUCAGAGCGAAUGGCAGCAGUGCGGGGGAAAUGGCAAAGGAGAUUGCGAGAAUGCGUUAAUACUUACGAGCAUUCGCGGGUACGCUUAUCGGGGCUUUCGGGGGGUGGUGCACGGAACAAACGAGACUUGGAAGGCAGAAGAGGAAGAAGAGGAGGUAGAAAAAUGGAUGAUAUUAACACCCCCCUAGCCCCUCCACCUUCAUAAUUGUGGUGUGUGUGGGUGUGUGUGUGUGUGUUGUACUAGAGUUCUACGUGUAUUUUAGUAUGCUGCUCUAUUGCGGUGCACACACUGUAGCGCUAGAUAUAUUAUUGAAUUGAAUUCUUUCACGUGAAGUUUAACGCAUCUUAUACUCAGAGAAAGCGAGAGAGAUAGAGAGAGAGAGAGAAAGCGUUAAAGAGAGAAGAGCGAUAAAACGAGCGUUCUUGUGACGGUUUGGAAUGGAAAAGCUUUUCUGGACUCAAUUAAAAUCCUUCCCCUAUACACACCCCUCCUCCCCUCCUGUCCUAAUUGGUCUACAAUUGUGAUGUGUGUGUGUGUCUCUGGCUGUUUGAAUGGUAAUGUGUGUGUGUGUGUGUGUGUAGGUGCGAAUGAAUAUAUGUGUGCGUGUCGUUACUGUUUUUGCACUUCCAAAGCGUGCAAGGCGCGCGCAAGGAAAAAACAAAGAAAAAAAUAACAACAACACUCAUAAUGCGAAAGAGAGACACAAACCGAGCGCCCCCGCAUACAUGUUGUUUAGUGUUUCGCGGCCGGCCAAAUACGGCGCGCAUGAGAGGAAAGGAAGGGGGGGGGGGGGGAAAUAAAUCUAUUAGAAUAUGAAAUUUAACGACGUGUAACGAGCGAGAAUUUAGCCUGGUUAACGAAUUAUUGGUAGAUAGUCUUGGGAUGGAACUGGGGAAUGGGGGAGAGGGGGGGGGGUUCUAGAAAUGCUUGUGAGGACCCCCGAUAACCCUCAUCAUAAUGCUCCCCACAGCUUACUUGUAAGUUACCCUGUAAGUGAUGCUGCUCGCAAGCUUUUGCACGAAUCGAAUUCGUCGAUUCGUUGUUUUUCGGUGUGUUGUUUAUUAUUUUUUGUUUUUUUUUUUCGUUCAUUAAGAUGAGGAGCAGUGCGGGUGCGUGCGUGCGUGCGUGUGUGUCUCCUCCCAGUGGUGACGCUGCGUCAGACCCGGGCUCCCCCGCUACCCCAUCCUCCAAGCGCACGUGCGCCGCUGCUCCUCCAUUAUGCAUACGCAUGCGACACAAUUACUCUUAGGUUAGUUACGUUGCGGUUUAUUAUUGUUUACGGUUACAAUUAUGAGAAUUACGUUUAUAUACUCUCUAACCCCCUGUGCCCUCCUACCACUGUUUUUUUUUAAUGAUUAUUAUUAUUAUUAUUACCCCGCCCGCUAUUGUGUAUAAUCCCUGCGAAAUGUGUAUAUUGAAAAGAGGUAGUGUUGUAAUAUGCUAGAUAAAUGUAAGAUUGUAUGCAUCGUCAAGAAAAUCCGGAUGCUCCAUA